AUGGGAAAAUACGUAAUCACCGGCAUCAAGGCCGGCGUCACUCAUGACACAGUACCCCUCCGCCUGGAGGCUGACAGUUGGUACCCAGGACAGACCAAGGAACACCUCCUCCAAAACAGCCUUUUCAUCUGGGCUCUACGUUUUCUAGGGGAAAAGGAUCCUAAAGAAAAGCUAUCCUACUUCCAGAUCGCCGGUAUCCAUGGAUUCCCUUACCAACCCUGGGAUGAGGAUACAAAACCUCAAACCCCAAAUGAGGGCUACUGUACUCACGACAGCAUUCUCUUCCCUUGCUGGCAUCGACCAUACGUGCUCCUAUUCGAGCAAGUUCUCUAUGAGAUCAUGGAGAAGGAGGUGAUCAAGAGGCUUCCCGAAAAUAUGCGAAAGGUUUGGCGUGACGCAGCUGCUACCUUCCGAUUGCCCUAUUGGGAUUGGGCGGAGAAAAAGAAGCGAGGCGACUCGGUCAUCUACGAUGUUCCAAUGAUUGUUAAAGACCCUGAAAUAGAAGUCCUUAACUUGAACGAUGGAAUAACCGUAGUAAAAAUCGACAAUCCAAUGUACAAAUUCACCAUGCCAGAUGGAGUAGCAAUGGGUCCCUAUGGCGUCGGAGACGUAGAUAGUCAGACGUCAGAUGGCACAAAGACGACUAUUCCAUUUUCCAAAUCCAAAGGUACCAGCAGAUGGGCUCCUUUUGAACCUGAGUCGUCCAACGUCUCCAUCGAGUGGGUGAAUGGAGAAGUCAAUAACGAGAAGGUGGCCGAGGCGCUCAGCGACCACAAGUGGUAUACCGGAGAGAAUUUGCCCUUGGCCGAGAUGACAUACCGUCUCUUUUUACCAGAAUACAUCACUUCGUUCUCUCAGUUCGCCACGACAAAAUAUAGCGAAACUAACAAGGAAGCAUCAUACUUGAACCUGGAGUUUAUCCAUAACAAUAUUCACAACUGGACCGGCGGUACAGAUAAGUACAUGGGUCAUAUGACGGAAGUUCCAGUUGCUGCAUUCGACCCGAUCUUUUUCAUGCAUCACUGCAAUGUCGACCGGCAAUUCGCUAUCUGGCAAGCCCUUAAUGUGGAUAACGAAGAGAACUGGUUCGAGAGGCGGGAUGAACAACUAACAGACGACGGCACUUGGUCGAUUAAAGAAGGAACCGUUGACACCCCGGAGACUCCAUUGGCUCCUUUUCACAAGAAUGCGGAGGGAGCAUACUUUACAUCUGACGAUAUUAGGGACUGGACGCAAUGGGGUUACUCGUACCCUGAGCUUCAACCCUGGCUCCCCAAGUAUAAGCCAGAGGGCAAGUUCGACAAGCAGCUCUAUAUCAAUGACAUCCAAAAUCAACUGAAAAAGCUUUACAGUUCUCCAGAAGUAGCGGACGCUCCAGCCGACGUCAUCGUCAACGUUGAGUACAAGAGGUUCGCCUUUAAUGGCCUCCCAUAUACUGUAUACUUCUUCAUUGGUGAUGAAGAUGACAUUAACCAGUACAAAGAACCACUCUACACCCACCCGAGCCUUGUGGGGUACGUAUACACGUUCACUAAUCCGGUUUACCAAAACCCGAAUGCGCCAGGAUGCGAAAACUGUAGGGUUAAGUCCUCCGAGGGAACAAAGUCGACGGCUCAGAUACCAAUCACCGCCGUACUACUCCCCCGCGUAUCCUCCUCGCAGGAUGUCGCAUCGACGACCAGUGAUCACAGUUUACCCUCAAUCACGGAUCCUGAACACGUAUCGCGGCAUCUGGAGAAGAAUCUCCAUUGGAGAGUCAAAGUAGUACGUCUAAGCAAUUUUUCUUCUAUUUAUCCCUAGUACUCGCCUACCCGUAGGGAUUUUUAAUCGCUAUAUGUGGUCCUAAUCUGCGUGCUAGCACGGCUACGAUGUUCCGGUUCCAAACGAUGACCCUUUUGUUAAAGUCUCGGUCUAUCAUCGCAAGGUUGAUCCAACCCACAGAUCAAGAGGCCAUGGAUACUCCCACCUCAAGCAGGCAACCCGAGGGAAAGCCGGGGGCUUUUGGGCCUAACUGGGAGCAGAUAUCUCCAAGCCAGCGGAUAUCAAAUCAGACUGACAAAUUAGUCUUUACCUAAGACCAAACAGCAGGAGAAUGUCUUCAGACGUGAUUUAUACAUUGACGGACCAAGGUAGAAGAGAUGUGCGCUUAUUAGCUCAAUGAUAACAUGAGAAUUUCAUUAUUAAGGUACACAGAAGCUCUUUACUCGGAUCAGACCAAAUUAGAUUUGGUAGCUAGGUACCUACAUUCAUUUGACCCAACAAAGUCAUGCAAGUCUUCAGCGCCUUUCAUCGGCCCAACUAUGAAUAGUCAAUAAAGCAAAGUCUUGUCUCA